CUGACCAUUCACCGGAAUCGAGUCCAGACACAGAUCUCAGAGAGCAGGUGACCACGAAAAAGAAGAAAAGACUCUACACACCACGAACGCGAACGAGACGCAUUAUAACUGCCGGGCCUUCUCAGAAUCCUGAAGUUCCAAUAGCCGAGUCCGAUCUACUCGACUUCAGAAACCGCGUUUCACCACCACUGCCGCGAGGGGAAUUGCAAGCAUUACCUAAGGAGUCACAAAACCUGACAUCAGAAUAUGACGCAUCGUGUGAGUCUCUCGACAUAAAACAUCCCGAACUAGAAUCCCGAGACCCCACGGAGUCGGAAGCGACGCUGACCCCGGCGGGAUUGCGAUGUCAGGAAAGUAUCGUGAACGACGACCCACAGGAGGGACUACCUCCGAAUACAAAUGUCCACCUCUCCUUUGACGCUGGGUACUUGGCAUCUUCUGAUUCACAGUCCGCCUCAGACUUUCGCACAGUUGUGGAAAAAUACACCCAAGACCCGGACGUUGCACAGUGGAACCAGAACAGAAAUCCAGAGAUUCGGAUUCAUCAUCAAAUCAUCUACGACCGAUUCCCUGAUGGUCUGGCAGCUUUUGCGGCCAGGAUUGGCCUGAGUGCUGUGCCACCAGUGGAUGGCGUACCUGAAACUGGCAUCGAACCGGAGAGUGCUCGACAACGCUAUCGCGAGGUCGGCCAGACCAGCUCGGGCGGCAGCAUGAUGGACAGUUCGGUGUCCGUGAAGCAGGAGCCGGAUAAUGAGCCGGCGGCCCCUACAGACAGCCGCAGCGAUGUCUCGGCCAACCACAUCGACGCACCGUACGACGAGGGCUUCGAAGCCAUGCUAAUCACGCGCAUCCAGAACCGGAUCCGAGAGCUAGGCGGCAUCGGCGAGUACGACCUCUCCGACCCGACCGACCUUACUCCCGCCGGCCGCCAGGUCAAGCAGCGGUUCGGCUUCCUCAUCCAAGACGGCAGCGACGACGAGCAGGCCGGCCCGCCGUCCGUGCUGAAGAGCCGAGAGCGCGGUCGGCGACGACGGCGGCGCGUGCCCGACUGGAUGCUGACGGAUGUGCCGUCGGACGAGACGCUCCGGACCGACCCGGCCGCCCAGUCGUCGGCCACGUCGGUCAGCUCAGAGCCGCCGUUCGCUGCCACGCACCCGCCGCGCCGCUACGUCGGCUCGCCCGAGUCCGAGAGCGAGCUGUCGGCACUGCGCGACGUCCGCGCCGAGGGCGGCGACGAGUUCGUCGAGGCGGUGCUCUGGCGGCUCCAGGAGAGCCUGCGUGCCAGCCACAACUUCCGCGAGUACCGCGACUCGGUGGCGCGCAAGAGCGACUACGAGCGCCGCGCGGAGCGGCACCACCAGGACACGGCCAGCGACGACACGGACGAAGAAAGCAGCAGGAGCAGCGCCGGUCGCGUCCACUUCCAGAAAAAGGUGCUGGUGCGUCCACUCGGCAAAGACCCGCUGCUCACCGAGUACCGGCGGCCUUACUCCAAGGUCUCUAAACAAAAGCUCUCCGCCGUCAAGGAGUACAACCCUGAGCCAGAUGACCCGGAUUACGAGGACUCGCUGAAGGACAAGACAGAGGCGGAGGCCGCGAAGGCGGCGGCUGCAGCGGCGGAGGCAGACCAGACGGAUGCUGCUCCGACGACGCCGCCGACCGCGCCGGCACCAGCGCCCAAAACGCAACCGGGAUGGAAGAAACUAUUCUGUUGUGUUGGUGGGGCGGAGGAACCAGCCGCCAAAGCUCCACCUCCUCCAAAGCCUGCAGCUGCACCACCAGCUCCACCAGGCUCCACCAGCUCCACCAGCAAGUUGGCAAAACAACCUGAAGUGAAGCGAAAGAGACGCAAAGUCAAGAGCCUGCAGGUGAAGGACUUGGACCCGGACACCCCCAACGAAGAGCUCCGGACGCUCCACAUGAUGUUUGACGACCAGCUGGAGCUAUGCAAGCUGACCGAUCCGGACACGGAUCCAAGUCUAGACGACCCGUCAGAGCUGUCGGACCCCGACUCUGAGCACGAGACGCCCUGUUUCGCGGACUUUCUCAGAGCAUGCGGACUCCCGGAUGCAAAGGUCGACGACUAUAUGAAAUACUACAAGACUCACAAAGGGCUGACCGACAGCGGCCACGGCGACUGGGCAGGCACGGGUCGAGGCUCGAGUGACCGGCCGUCCAGCGCCAGCAGCGGGGACGACCCCAGCUGGUGGGACAAACGCGCCCGCGAGCGCCGUCAGGACUACCGGCGCAAGCGGCGCGAGCACCGCGAGUACCAGCGCCAGAUCGAGACCCAGCGCGACCUGGAGGUGGAGAGCCAGUUGCGCCGCGCGCUCGAGACGCAGCGCGAGCUGCUGCGUGAGCGCGAGGUGCAGCGCGAGAUCGAGCGCACGCGCGAGUCCAGUAAAGAGCGCAAGGAGCUGCACCUGGAGGAGGAGGUGCUGGAGAAGGAGCUGCUACGGCGGCUGUUGGCCGAGCUGCAGAACGAGCAGGUGCGUGCCAGGGAUCGCGAGAAGCGUAGGGUGGUGGCCAGGGUUCUGGAGGAGGAGCUGAUCACGAGGCUACGCCUGGAGCUGGCGAGGCUGCGGGAGAGGAGCGAGGAGCGGAAGGGAGCAUAUUCCACGCAGCUGCUGGAGGAGGAGGCCAACACCCGCGAGCUGAACAACCGCAUCGAGGAGCUGCGCAGGCGGAUGGAAGAGAACAAGAUUCUGAGGGAUUAUGAAAGGGACGAGGAGCAGCAGAGACUCCAGCUGCUGGAGGAGCUUCUCGUCAAGGAAAGGCGACGAAUGGACAUUCAUGAUGCCCAGCGUCUGAAAGAGCAGGACUUGGAGGAGGCGGACAGAGAUCUCCUGAUGGACAUUGAGACUCAGUCCGGGGAGGAUGAAGCGAAGAGUCAGAAAGCGUACGAGGAAUGCGCAAGGGAGGUUGUGAGGAAAAGUGAGGAGCAUAAGGCAAUACGUUCAAAGCUCACUGGUGAAAUUCGCAAAAGAGAGUUGGUCAAGCGCAAAUUGAUCUCACUUCAAGAUAUUGAAAAGACAAACCCACGGCUUUUCCAGUUGGCCAAAGUAAUGGAACAGGUCAGCAACGAAAAGGGUUGCGUUGAGCUGGAGUACGAUGAAACUGCGUCCUCUUCUGGAAUUCUGAAAAAGGAAAGCAUGUCUGAGGGUGAAGGGAUAGCGGACCAAGAGCAGGGUACCAAACAAGACUCGAAAACCGACGGGGAAGCAACCGAUGGUGAAGCGGGGGAGGGCGUGCCAGGCUUGUCAGAGGAUGCGUCCGAGUCCCCUGGCGUCGAAGCGAACAUCAACGAAGAGGGCGCCGCCACGGAAAAGGCUGACGAUGGGGCUGAACAGUCUGCCGAGGCUGCCGGGGACGAAGCAUCUUCCAAACCGGGUGCCCCUGACGGAGCCACCGACCAAUCAAAAGACCCGGAUGUGAAGGAUUCCGAAAAUGUAGAAAAGGCGUCUCCAGUGGACGCCUCACCCGAUGGCGAGUCUUCUGCCCGUCCCGAGGGUUCGGGGGCCGCCGGCGAAGAGGCCGACACAGUCGGUGCGGACCUGGUCGACGCCAGUCCAGCGCCUGCUGCCGAUGAGACGGCUCCGACAGCUCCGGGGCCGACGGAGGCGGAGACGACGGCUCCAGGAUCGUCAGACGGCACCAACCAGGCCGAGGGUGCGCCCGAGGAGGCGGAGGGCCCGCGGCUCCAGGAGUCAGCAGUGCAGGUGGCUGCGUCGGCACCGGGGGCGGACGGCGGCUCGGCCGGAGCGCCGGCGGUGGAGCAGGGCGGUGGUGUGACGGAGGGCGGCUCGUCCGAAGCGGCGCCGGCGACGGAGCAGGGCGGCGGUUCAACGGAGGGCGGCUCGCCCGAAGCGCCAGUAACGGAGCAGGGCGGCGGUUCAACGGAGGGCAGCUCGCCCGAAGCGCCAGUGACGGAGCAGGGCGGCGGUGCGACAGACGGUGGCCCAUCUGAAGCGCCAGCGACGGAGCAGGACGGCGGCGCGACGGGCGAAGGCUCAUCCGAAGCGCCAGCGACGGAACAGGACGGCGGUACGACAGAGGGGGGCUCGUCCGAAACACCGGCGACGGAACAGGACGGCGGAGCGACGGACGGCACGGCUGCGGUGGUAGCUGUCGUGGUUACGAACCAGGAGGGUCUGGAGGUGGAGCAGCCGGCGGCGGCAGCCAGCCGUAGCGACGAGGUCAGCAUCAGCUCUAUGUCAGGCGUCAAUGAUCUCUAUGAAAUUGAGCACGGCAUGAAGUAAACGUCGGCCCGGCUCAGCGCAGACGGGUCUUUUUGGC